AUGCUUUCACAAAACGUAUCCCAUUCAUUGGAAAAAUACAAGACAUACAACGACGGCUUCACCAUACCCCUGCAGAGUGCUCUUUUUGAAGCCAAUUUUCAAAAGUCUGGUGCAAUUCCUUUUGCGCGGACACAAGGUUGGUUUAAUGCUGGCACUGAUACACCUCCAUCACUGUGCUUCACCUCGUGUCAGUUUCAUGAAGUUUAUGAAAAGGUGGACAACGUUAAAGCGCUCAAUCUGCUUGUGAACUUGGAGUUAGUUCAUUUCAUUGAUCUUGACGGGCAAGGAGAUUUGAUGGAUGCUAUGAAACAGGAGGUCACGAAGAUGAUUCCUACAUUGCCGUCUGCCUUCACUCGCGCGUCUGAACGGAUGGUGACGCCUAUCUUCUUCGGUAGAGAGAAGAACAUUGCCAUCGUGUUCGACUAUAGUGUGAAAGCAAAUGGUAAGUGGCACACGGUAAAGGAAGACGCUCUUUGCAGUUAUACACCAUUAGAUGCGGAGAGUAUUGAUGACGCGGAUAAACAGAGUCAACAGCUUCUGUUCAAGAAGCAAGUAGAGUUGCUAACUGCUGUCAAGGAUGUUUUUGAAUGGCAGGUGCAGGAGCGUCUGGGCAUCGCAGCUAUUCUUCGCCUUGACUUCCUUGCCAAAUUAUCGCAGUGA